AUGGGGGAAGGCCCGCAGAGCUCGUCCUCGUGGACGGGAAUUCCCCUCCGCCAUAUCUCUUUUGUUCUGUUGACGAUACAAUAUACUGCCUUUGUCCUGCUGCUUCAUUAUUCCAGAGUUAUGCCCGCCGUCGGUGGGAAACGGUACCUGACUUCGACCGCCGUUUUCCUCAAUGAGGUCAUAAAGCUUGCAAUCUCUUUGACGAUGGCGCUGUAUGAAGUUUCACAGAGAGCCCCUCCGUCGAUGCCGGCAACCUCUCUGUUCUUCUCCCUCUCGAGCGCCGUCUUCUCUGGUGAUAGCUGGAAACUUGCCAUCCCCGCCAGCCUGUAUACUCUGGCGAACUCGCUGCAAUACAUUGCGCUCUCCAAUCUGGAAGCCGCUACGUUCCAGGUCACCUACCAACUCAAACUCGUGUCGACAACCUUGUUCAGCCUGUUCUUGCUGAGACGUAGUAUCUCACCCCGGAAAUGGGCUAUCCUCCUGCUACUUGUCGCAGGCAUUGCUCUUGUGCAAUUACCCGACAGCCCUUCAGAUCCCAUAUCCAUAAGAGAUAAACGCGCCCACCUAAAUUUUCCGAGGUCUCUUGAAGAAUGGAAGCGAAUGGAAGGAGCUGCUGCUGCGAACCUCCAAAAACGUUCCGCAACGUAUGAGGGGAUUCAGGAAGAUUUACUUCUCGAACAUCCUACACUCAAUGGCGCCGUUGGCUUGCUGGCAACCAUUGGCGCCUGCGUGGCAUCCGGAUUCGCGACUGUAUAUUUUGAGAAAGUGCUCAAGGACAGCACUACUCCAACAUCUCUGUGGAUUCGCAACGUGCAAUUGGCUAUCUACUCGAUAUUCCCCGCGCUCUUUAUCGGCGUGAUCUUUUUUGAUGGCGAAAAGAUUGCCAAUCAGGGCUUCUUCGAUGGAUACAACUGGGCUGUCUGGUCAACUAUUACCAUCCAGGCCUUGGGAGGCAUUGCUGCUGCUUUCUCCAUCACCUACGCCGAUCGAAUUGCGAAGAAUUUGGCCACUGGUGUCAGUAUAAUCCUCAGCACUCUGGCGAGCGUCUGGUUGUUUGACCUGCAGUUGACAGCUAAUUUCGCCAUCGGUGCCGCCGUGGUUCUGGCUGCCACCUAUCUUUACGGCAACCAGGCCUCUGGUCCUGUUUCCAGCAAGGGUCAUGCAACCCGUCCGCCACCAAUUCGGAUCGAGAAUUACGAGAAAGGCGGAGAUGCAGAGACAGAACCUACGGUGUCAUCUCCUCCGAACGACUUCUCUAUCAAACUUCCGACUACACCAUUGUCGGGCGGUGCAGGGUUGUCCACUUCCCGACCAACAUCUCCGAACCACCAUUCCAGGGCAGGAUCGAGUCGAAAUGCCAAUGGAGGUUACUUCACCAAGAAUCCUCAAGAGUGA